AUCAUGGAUUUGAAAUUGCGAUUUAAUUAAAAGGAAAAGGCAAAUGCAAUUUCAGGGUGAGUUAUAACUUUAGAUUUAGAUUGGAUUCUACAUAGAAAAGAUGCUAAGAUGUUGUUAUAUUUGGUGAGUUUGAUCAUAAGCAGUACAUUCGCAUAUGUUCAUGGAUGUUCAUGUGCCCCAUUUGAUCCAGAGAUAGAUUACUGUGCUAGAACUUCAGGAUUUGCUGCUGUGUUUAAAAUCAAAAGCAAUGGUACUGUAGACGGUUUAAAACUGGCCUAUGAUGUUGAUAUACUGUACAAAUAUGUUUUUGAGGCUCCAAGUGGAAAUGUGAAAACUGAUAAACUGUAUACAUAUGAGGACGUAGGUAUGUGCGGAAUUCGUUUACGUCCGGACAGUUUCUAUAUCAUCACAGGCUAUUUUUAAAUAAGACCUGAAAAGCCUGCAAUAAUGACAACAGCACGUUGUGAUUCACAAGACUACUUCAAAGAGAAUCCUAUCGUUGAUGGUGUCCCACCGCCGUGCGAGAGAUCUGAUAAACAUGCUGAAUUUUCUGAAUGAUCAAUAUUAUAUCAUUACAAUAGAACCGGAAGUAGUACUUUCUUCAAACAAAUCUCUUGAGAAAGUAUAAUUGCGCAAAAUGUUGCCAUUUUUGUUAUUUCAACAGUUCCCAUUGCCUUUUUAUCAUUCAUUAGCCAUGUUAUCUUUUCUUAAAUACCCGGUAUUAAAUUCUUUUUUAUUAUCAUAACAAUAUUUUUUUACACAAUAAAUGGUAAG